AUUUCACAAUAUGCUCUUUGGAACAUAUAGUACAUUGAAAUAGAAACAAUACAUCAAUGCAAUGGGAGAACACGCACGAAAAUAAAGAAAUACUGUUAAAAGAUACUGUUACUGUGUAAGAUUACUGUUAAAGAUUACAGAGCCAAAAUUACAUAUUUUCUCCUUUAACAAGUACCCUGAAAUGCAGUUCGAGACUCAAACUCCCAUAAUGCACUGUUAUUAUUAUUGGCUCGGCUGAAAAUGGCCGCGAUGUCAAGCGCCUCUGGAGGUUGUGCGCUUGGAAGACGUCUAGCUAAACUUACAGCGGCUUCUUCUGGCUCGAUCAGAGUCAAAUCACAAGGAGAACCGCUGUACGUGCUGUCUCUUGAGCGUUACGGAAGAGACCCAGAUUUUGUUUUACAUUUUCCAGACAGUAUUUCCAUGUCAGACAGUCUGUUUGACGCUACCAUCACCGACGGCGACUGCAAAAUACGCGUUUCUUUGGACCCCAGCUUGAACAGACUUAUUUACAGGAAUAGACUUCGUUGUGGCGGCGUUGUGCGAAAUGUGAUCUUCUCGGCUGGGGACUCCGGCGAAGGAGACUGUCGAACAUUGAAUAUCUGUAGCCUUGACGUGGAUAAUCUGUCGAGCUGCGAUGCAGCUCUCUGCGCACUCUCUUCGGUGAAUGUUGUGUCCCUGCCUUGGAUGGGGUCCGAGCCGAGCCUCCUCCCGCUGCGAGCGCGGAGACGUACAUAUCUCCCGCUGUGGAAUAAUCACGAUUUUACGGGGGAAUUGUGGCGAGAGACACCACCAACCUCUGAAGCUGGCGAAGAUGAGUCUGAAGAAGAGGUAGUGGAAGACGGACAACCAGUAGUGUCACUAGCAGAGCUUCGUCGGCGUUUUCUGAGCGGCUCACGGCGCCCGAGAGGUGCUCUGUGCGUGCGGAUUUUUCACAAGUCCAGACUGAUGUAUUAUGGAAAAGCAGAACAGAGUUGUGAAUGUCCAUAUAAGGCAGAGCUACAGGUUGGGGAUGGCUCCAUGAGUGUGUGUGUGGUGCUGUGGAACACUGUUUGUUUGGACUGGUACCGUUGCCUGCAGCCUGGUCAGGUUUUGAGGCUGAGCCGGUACCGGGUGAAAGAGAGCUACAGUAGCCGCAGUGGACAGGACUCGGAGCUGAAUAUCGAGAUCAGUCUAAACUCCAGAAAUCCCACCGCUAAAGUCGGCAUCGUUCCGCCGCAACAAGUGUCUCCGGAUUGGAGUUUACCAGACCUGCCACACAACUUCCUCUCCAGGCAGGAGCUACUAAACUGUCCUCUUAGUAACAUCUGUGAUGUCAUUGGUGUGGUUAUCUUUGUGGGUAGACAAGAGCGUAUCAGGAGUAAAGAUGGGCGGAGGUCAGAAAUCGAAGAGUACAGAUGGCUCCAGUUGCAGGAUGGGACUUCAGACCAGCCAAUUGUAAUCAAGCUUUUUUCUACAUCACAGCCGGAUAUACAGAGUCAAAUCCAACCAAUGUCACUGGUUGUUUGUACGAGGCUCAAGCUUAUAAGAAAUACAGUAGGCAGUGCUACAGCUUUUGAGUAUCUGACCAACACACCACUUACUCAGGUGUAUUGCACAGGUACUGGGUCUCGCACUGUGAUGCCAUACAGAGGGCUCCGCCCAGUUCGACAGUUCUUGCAGUGGCUGAAGCAGGUGGACGAGGCCAGCGUGCUAGACAGGGCUGUGAUUGGUGGACACUUCAGCUACCCACCCCUUCCUGUUUCCAUGCAGAGCUUCAUGGACAGCAGGCAAGGGGAAGCUGGUCUGAUCAGUGGUGGUGAAAUGAAGCUGCAGUGUGGUAGGAUGCAUUACAGAGAGAGGCGACGCUUCGCCGUUCAGUGCACGAUCACUGCAGCCUGCUACCACAGCAGAGAGGGCCCUGAGAGGGUGCGGUAUUCAGACCCACCGUCUGCUCAACUCAGCCCCAGAGUGGCAAGACAGAGAGAGGGGCCAGAACCUUUCAGAACUCCAGCCAAGAGGAAGCUGCUCUUCCCCACUGGCACGCCCAACAGCAGCUGCAGGAAGAGGCUAGCUCCGCCUCCUCAGCAGGCAUCAACAGGGGAGGACCCCGAGAAUGAGUUCUCUUUGUUUGACGGAGCUAUGGAAUUUUUGAUUGGAGAGGAGGAGGAGGAGGAGGAGGAUGAAGAUGAGGAAGAAGAAGAAGAGUUCUCCACUCCACCCACUAGCCCCAUGUCGUCCCGCCUUGGUUUAACUCAUAUUGCUAUGGAGACGUUGCCAAGGAGCUUUUGUUAUGAACGACGGCAUGUCCAGGCUACUGCCGUGGGAAUGCAGACCAACAGUUUCCAGAAACUCCUCCCACACAGAGAGCUGGAGUCUUUCACCCCCGCCCCCUGCUACACUGGCUACUUCACAUUAACAAUGAGAGUACUGUCAGAUGGACUUAUGCUGGAUGUCCUCUUCAUCCCUGCCACUCCUGGCAACCUCCACUGGAUGCCCCUCCCCCUUACACAUGACAACACCUGGGCUUCUGUACUGUCACAUGGUGGCUUCUCUCCACAUGCCCCACCCCCAAGCCCAGCUGACUUGAUUGCCACAGCAACACAACUGACAAAUAAGAGACUAGUAUGUGUGCUUGAGGCGUGUGCACUGGGUGAAGACAAAGUGGAACUCGUCCUAAACCGUGCCUUUCCUCUGCGAAGCUGACUGUCCUUUAGAACAAAGUAGACGUCCCUUUUCCAGCCUAAGUCUUCUGGGGAGAAGGCCAACAUUCCGUUUUCAUGUAUAAUAUUCUUGGUCAUAACUGGAUAUAAAUAGUAGAAAUGGUCAAAUUUUAUUAUUGAAAUUCAGAUAUGUUUUACAGUCUUAAUGUUUUCAAAAUGAAAUACAUUAUUAAUAUAAUAAUUAAGUGUUAAUAAUCUUGUUCUUGCACACUUUUUUUCUCUCUCUCACUCACACACACACACAGAGAAAUGACCAGUACCCUGAUCAAUUAUUUUAAAACACCUAAUGGAAGCAAUUUCAGCUUGGACAAAUGUAAAUACCUUUUUUUUUUUAUUGUUAAUAACUAAUUUCAUAUUAUUUAUAUCUUAUUUUGUAAGGUAAGUAUGACUUCAUAGUAACUUGUGUAAUUUUGGAUUUCUUCAUUCUGACUGUUUAGUAUCUUAUGACACAAACCCUUUGAAAUAAAUGUGUUUGUACACUCA